AGGAUAUAUUUUCAAAGGUGAAUUGAAAAUACAAUAUACAUGAUGCAGUCAGUGUUUUACCUGACACUCUUAGGUGCGUUUGGCAUCUCCAUGGGGAUGAAUGAAACCACUACUGACCUAGCCAAGGGGGUGACACUUGUGGAGGAAGAAAGAGAGCAAUGCUCGACCUGCAAGUUCAGAGAACGCAGCAAACUAAUGAGACUUCACAACAUCAAAUCGCAAGUUCUCAGCAUUCUGCAGCUCGACAACCCUCCAAACAUUAGCCAGGAAAUGAUCAGGCAGCUCCUACCCAAAGCGCCCCCCUUGACACAACUUAUGGAAAUGUAUGACCAUCGCGUGGAUGAUGAAGAGCGUUCCAGCACUGAAACAAUCAUAACUAUGGCCAGCUAUGGAUCAUUAUCACAAGACGGAAUGCCACCCUGUUGCUUCUUCAAUCUCAGUCCGAAGAUUCAAGCUAAUAACAUUUUGCGUGCGCAACUUUGGGUGCACUUGCGCCCGGCUGACAUGGUCACAACUGUCUUUUUGCAAAUCUCCCGCGUUAAAGUGACCUCAGGGGGAAACACGCGCAUACGGAUCCUCUCCUUAAAGGUAGAUGUUGCUGCUGGUGCAAGCUCUUGGCAAAGUAUAGAGAUCAGUAAAUUACUGCAAACCUGGCUUCGCCAGUCAGAGACUCAUUAUGCGCUCGAGAUAAAAGCCUAUGAUUCCAAAGGUGAAGAUUUGGCUGUCACAUCAGCGGAGCUGGGAGAAGAGGGACUGCAGCCGUUCAUAGAGGUGAAGAUAUCACCGAGCCCACCACGCACCCGAAGGAACUCAGGCCUGGACUGCGGCGAGGAGUCCUCGGAGACUCAGUGCUGCCGCUACCCGCUAACCGUUGACUUCGAGGCCUUUGGCUGGGACUGGAUAAUUGCCCCCAAAAGUUACAAGGCUAACUACUGUUCUGGGGAGUGUGAGUAUACGCACCACCAGAAGUACCCCUACGACCACCUGGUGAACAAGGCCAAAGCCCAGGGCACCGCAGGGCAUUGCUGUACCCCCGCCAAGAUGUCCCCCAUCAACAUGCUCUACUUCAAUCGCAUGGAGCAGAUUGUCUAUGGCAAGAUACCGUCUAUGGUGGUGGACCAUUGUGGCUGCUCUUGAAAGGAAACAAGAAACAAGAUGACAAGACACGAAGUUCAUACACACACACAC